AUGGCCUCUACGAAUACUCCCAAAGACGUUGACGAGGAAUACGUGGCGGUAAGCAGAGCAGGCGAUGGUGUUUGCGGCAAAGUAACCUUCUGCAUCCGCAGGCCUCACGCCUCCAACGACGCCAGCCAACGCACCACCAUCGUCGCCGUCAAGAUGGCCGAAAACGAGAUGCGCCAUGCCAACAUUGCCCAGGAGAUCCAGGCGCUCCAGCACAUCAAGGACAUCAUGGCUGACGCCCGUUAUGCCGACAUGCAGAAACACAUUCUCACCCUGCUCGACUUUGACCCGCCCGUACCAAACCAAGGAUCACUCUGGCUCACGACCAACGCCGUCUGCGGCUUCAAUCUCGAGCAACUCGCUCACACAAUAACAAAUACCGCUCGGUCCUCCUCAAACGAUGUCGAAAACGAUGCAGUCAUAUCGCCCACGCUCCACGCAACUCUCAUCCUGCACAUCGCGCAGCAGCUAGUGCAAACCGUCGAGUGGCUGCACAUGGUAGCUGAUAUCGCGCACCAGGACAUCUUCACGGGAAACGUCAUGCUGGAUAUGUCAGCGGGCUCAGCUAGUCCCUUGCCCACUGUCGUCGUUAUCGAUUUCGACUGCGCAGUCUCGCAUCCUUCGCUCGAGCAGCGCGGCGCAGACCGCUCCUUCAUCUACGAACUCUUGCACUCGCUCAUGCUCGUGGGAGGCAGCACCAGCACCGACAUUGGCGGCAUCAACAUCAUGCUGUCCAGGCUGCAGGACGCUGCGUCUGACGCGGGCUUCGGCCGCCUCUGGUCACACUUUGUCGAAGUGCUGGCUCAGAAUCAAAACAGAGUCCCGCGAUCAAACACCAUGGGCUUGGCCGAGUUCCAGACGCGGUUUGCCGCGAGGAUUGUGGCGUUGGUCCAAAGCGUUAGCCACGAGGACAGGCAGAGGGUGCGUCGCCUCGGACAGAGGGUUAUGACGCGGUUUGUCAAGUUUCCUGGAGAAGAGAAAAUUGAGGCUGUUCUGGAGGGACUGGAAGGAGGCAUAGCGUAG